UUCCUUUAUAAUUUAUUAUUUUUCAAACGAAAUUAUUAAAAAUGAGUAGCAAUGACGCAAUGAAUUCCCCCUCAAAUAUAUCUAGUCUUAUAUACCCAAAACCAUUGCCUGAAAUGAGGAUAGGACCUGUUAUGUGCAUUAUGGGAUUCAGCCUCAGCGAGAGAUUGGCUUUGAGACAGGCCUGGAAUAUAAUUCGACCGUUUUCGCGUCGCUACGGGCAGGAUGUGUUUUACAAAUUCUUAAUUAAGGAAUUUUGGGGCAUUAAAAAGUUCGAAAACGAUAAGGAACUCAAUCUGAUGGCUCUGCACAGUCAUGCCUUGAAAUUUGUACGGUUUAUUGGAGUCCUGAUCGAAGAGCAGGAUCCUAUAAUGUUUCAGCUAAUGAUUAGCGGCAAUAAUAUGACCCACAGUCGCUGUAAAGUGGGCUCCUUAUAUAUUGGGGAACUGGCCAAGGUACUGGUGGACUAUUUGCUGAAUACAUUACAGAUGGUCAGUUCGCCCACGCUGGAGCGAGGCUUUGGCAAACUUGUGGAGAAGUUUCAGGUCUACCAGGACAACCAUACGACAACCAGAACCUAUGGUCGCCUGACGAAGAAUUAAAGGAGCACUUUCA